CCGGUAGCACGCUAUAUAAGCCAAUUGCACAUUCGUUGAAAUUUACUACAGUAUCAUUCACCCGUAGCCUUGAAAACAUCGAUUUUGAUUAGGCUCGAAUUUCCCCCACUUGAUAUGUGCAUCAAACUGUUAUACCUUUUGCUGCUAGCGUUUUCCGUGGAGUUGAAGAUAGUUCCUGAUCUGCAAGAAAUGCACGGAUGUCCCGGCUAUGAAUACGAAAUGGACUUCUCCAAUUUACAAUUCGAUUUUGAUGACGAUGGCUUCCUAAUCGUCAAUGGUAAUUUCACCAUCCUGAAGGACGUUGUGGCCCCUUAUCCGGUUUACUUCCACUCGGAACGGAUGGAGCGGGGUGAAUGGAGGUCAACGUUGAUAGAUAAACCUUUAAGAAAUUUCUGUGCCAGUCUGCUGGAUCCGUUAGAAGUUUGGUAUCCUGUCACGAAACAAUUGAAGGAACUCCGGUGUCCCUUUCCAGCGGGGCGUGUCAUUAACAUUGACAACAUCAAGUACAAGUUCCCGGUAAGUAUUUCACCCCAAUUUCUCGGAGAUUGGAGAAUCUUCAUGGAGCACCGUGACAUUCUGAAAGAUCCGGAACCUAUAGGUUGCCUGAUGCAGUACUUUACCGUUAUCGAAAUUUGA